AUGUACCAGCAAAGCCAAUCGGCGGCUGGUCAAAAAGAAUUCGCCGUCGUCUUCUGGUGGAACCGACCGACCUUGAAAUCUCUUCACACUUUCGCUCGAAUCGGCAGUAAGCUCAACAACGGCGUCACGGUUGACGCGUCGAGUUGGCACACUGCGCCGGCAUGGCUCGAGUCCCGCUUCAGGUGUUGCCAAGAUCCAGGCGAGAUGAGGUACGAAGGGAAGGAGAACACUUUUCGGGAAAGAAAGUCUGUGCAAAAUGCAUCGAAAGCGUCAGAUGGAGGCUGCGCUUCUCACGUCAACGCAAAUUUGUGCUCAGCCGAUCCUUCGGAUUGUCCGAGCUCGACCCUCGCGGAUACCAAUUUGCGCUUCGCCGGGACCGAGUCCGAGGGGCCGUUGAGACGGCAACUGUCGGCAAGGCCAGAAUCGCUCAUGUUCUGUGCCCUUUUGAGGCACAGUCCGGCUUGUAGACGCGGAGACAAGUUGAGUUUCGAGGAGAUUGUUGAAAGUUGCCCCGAGCUGGUGUCAACGCUAAUCUUGCCCAUCCUCCCCAUUCCACAUCCCAAAGUGAUCUUUCUCUACGUACGACUCUUCCGACUCUACGCCGUCAACCAAAAGCUCGGUCCGAAGCUGGUGAUGAUAAAAAACAUGGUCACCGACCUGCUCACCUUCGUCUACAUUCUGGCCGUCGUCGUGGUCUCGUACGGCGUCGCCGUCUACGCCAUAAUGGAGCCACGACGCAACGUGUUCAGCCUGGACGUCGUCAAGGAGGUCAUCUUGUUUCCAUACCUCACACUCUACGGCGAACUGCUACUCGACUUUUCCAGCGGUAGGCGACAAAAGUCCCCACUGGCCGGAGCAAUCUUCUGCUCCACGUCACGACACUAUUGCAUAUCCACUUUCCCUCCCGCGUACAACAAUGCCGGCUCCGAGUUGAGCGCUAUUUUGAAGCGCGAAGAUGAUUUUGUGGUCACUACGCCCUCAGGACAUGAAAUAGACGGCAUCAGAACAGGAAACAAUCUCCGAGGAGGCACGUUGUAA